AAACCAGGAAUAGAAUCACUGUUCCAUCGCUUGGUGACGAUGCAGUGAAGCAACAACGAUGCGCUGGUUUCUACCACUAUGCGUUCAACUAUUCUGCCUCCUGACCACGUGUGCAUCUCGUGUGCAUACAAACCAGUGGCUUGUCCGGCUUAGACCUGAUGAAGAUGAACGGAGCUAUGAAAAGACGGCUACGAAGUUGGCAGAUGAUCUUGGAUUUAUCCGCUUAACAAAACCACCGGUGAGUAAACCCGAGGAGUUUGUGUUCUCUCGUCGAGAUCUACCUGAAUUUCAUAGCAAGCCAAGUCCGGAGCACACGGACCGUUUAAGCAAACACCCCGCUGUACACUCGGCAGUUCAAGUGGAGGGUUUCAUUCGGCGUAAAAGGGGCUAUCGUCCAUUGGAUUCGGAUGACCUAACGCGUAUUCCGUUACCCCAUCCGCGCAAAUUGAACGCUAAAGAAAAGGAGAUUGCAGCUACGUUGACGGAAUCUGACCCACUGUUUUCCAAGGAAUGGUAUUUACACAACGUCGGUCAAUCAGAUGGUGUCCCCGGUUUAGACUUGAACGUAUUGGCUGCUUGGGCACAAAAUGUCACCGGACGGAAUGUCGUUACCGCGAUCAUGGAUGAUGGAAUCGAUUACUUACAUCCGGAUCUGGCUCCAAAUUACGCUGCAGAGGCCAGUUACGAUUUUUCCAGCAACGAUGCCUUCCCAUAUCCACGAUACACGGACGACUGGUUCAACAGCCACGGAACUCGUUGUGCGGGUGAAAUAUCGGGUGUCGCAGGUAACCACAUCUGCGGAGUCGGUGUGGCUCCAGGAUCCCGCGUUGCUGGGUUGCGCAUGCUAGAUCAGCCUUAUAUGACAGAUUUGAUCGAGGCCGCUGCGAUGUCAUAUGCUCGAGAUAUUGUCGACAUUUAUUCUGCCAGCUGGGGUCCUACCGAUGAUGGUACUACGGUGGAUGGUCCCAGAAACCAAACAAUGCGGGCCCUUGUAGAUGGGGUGAACAACGGACGUAAAGGGAAAGGUAAUUUGUUUGUGUGGGCCUCUGGCGACGGAGGUCGCAACGAUGACUGCAACUGCGACGGAUACGCCGCAUCCAUGUGGACGAUCAGCAUCAAUUCGGUUACAAACGAUGGUCACACAGCAGUCUACGACGAGUCGUGUGCGUCAACCCUAGCGUCUACAUUCUCCAACGGCAAAAUCUCAUUCCGUAAGGACGCUGGAGUCGGCACGGUCGACUUGUACGGCAACUGUACUCUUCAUCACUCUGGUACAUCAGCUGCAGCUCCAGAGGCGGCCGGAGUGUUCGCUCUCGCUCUGGAAACAAACCCAAAUCUCACUUGGAGAGACAUACAGCACUUGACAGUUCUCACUUCGAAGCGAAACCAUCUAUAUGAUCGAGAACAUACACACAAUUGGACUAUCAAUGGUGCGGGAUUGGAAUUCAACCACCUCUUCGGCUUUGGGGUUUUGGACGCUGGUGAUAUGGUACGCUUAGCCAGAAGCUGGAAGACUGUACCCGAACGAUUCCACUGCAUCGCCGGAACUUUCAAAGGCCGAAGGACAGUGACUCUACUGGAACCGAUUGAAGUGCACAUGAACACAGAUGCCUGCCGUGACAGUCCCCAGAAUCAGGUUAACUACUUGGAACAUGUUCAGGCCUUCAUCACAGUCAGAGCCAAGCGCCGUGGGGACUUGACCAUCUUCCUCACUUCACCAAUGAAUACCACUUCCAUGCUACUUCGACGUCGUCCACGUGACAAUGACAGUACACGUGGAUUCACCAAAUGGCCCUUCAUGACCACACACACAUGGAGUGAGAAUCCACGUGGCACCUGGCGGUUGCGUGUCAUGCUUGACCCACGAUCGAAGAAUAUACUUGGUCAGGCGACUCUCACUGAGUGGAUCUUGGUUCUGCAUGGCACCCGUGAUCAACCGUACAAGCAUCUCCCUGACAGCACGAUUUCUAUAGCACCAAAACUUGGUGUUAUCAAACGGCAACAUGCGACGAACCUGUUCCAAUCCUAGUGUCUGUCUCUGUUUGUGCUUCUCUGGCUAAAUGUUGUCAUGUCCGAACAGAUUGACCAGAACCUAUAUGAUCAGCUCACCGAGCGCCUGUCCUCAGAUUCACCGUCUUUCCCAAGAGAACAAACCAUAUUUGCGUUACAACACUGUCAUAUUCGCGAUCAACGGAUAUACACACCCCGACGGUUGGACAACGGGACCCCAAUUUUGUGCAUGUCCUUGUGUGUGUGUGUGUGUGUGUGUGUGUGUCACGUCACCCCGUUCAAGUAGUCGGUCCCAACUUAGUUCGGACCAUGUUCAAUCUGGCCCCAAUCUCCUUGCGAUAACGAGGUGUGUGCAGAGCACUGUGUCAAAACCGCUUCUGUAUACAUCGUCCGUUCUCGUUUAUAUCCAUCGCAUGAACAUUUAGAAGUGUGCCUUGACUGUUGUUUGAUUAUUGUUCAUUGUCCACUGCGAGCUUGGAACAACGGUACAGUUCAUCUUUUUAUGUCGCGCCCGCUUUUCCACACCAGAGAUGUACCUAAAUAUAUUUUCAUCUCAUAACACAACC